UCUGCCAGGAAGCUGUAUGGGAAGCCUUUCGUAUUUUUCUGGACCGGAUUCCUGAUACUUCUGAAUAUCAGAACUGGGUUACUGCCUGCCAGAGGGAAACUUUCUGCAUAUUUGACAUUGGCAAAAACUUCAGCAACUCCCAAGAGCACCUGGAAAUAAUCCAACGGCGAGUAAAACAUAGAACCUUCCAGGAAAGGAAAGAUGAAAUAUCCACAGAGAAAACAGGUGGCAAAAAGCUAGAAGACAUUCCUUCCAUUCCUACAGGUGUCCCUGGCACAUCCAUGACUCCAUAUGUAACGGCACCUAACGGCACAUUGCUCAAUGAAAUUGUUAAUGACACAAAGAUUCCUGUGAAGGAGCUGGGAACGAAUACGGUCCCAGAACUGCCUGUGGAGCAAAUGGUAGAAUUCAGUGUCACUCUCACUGAUCAGGAGUACACAGCUGAACUUAAUGAUCCCAACUCCCCACAGUACCGACAACUAGCUGCCAAAUUUCAGCUGCAGAUGCAAAAAAUAUUUGAGAAACUUCCAGGAUUCAAAGAAAUCCACGUAUUAGGAUUUAAACAGAAGAAGGAGAAAGAUGGAUCAAGCAGUACUAUAGCACGAUAUGUGGUAAACUUUGAGAGAGAUGGCUCAGAAAUCAAAAGCACAGCAGGUGACAUCUCAACUAUUGGAUCUAAUAAGGUUGAAAAUGAAAAAAUUCCGCUUUCUCCAAAGGAAGAGAGGGAGAUAUCAGCAACUAAACUCACAGUAACAGACCUCCAGCAACUGGUUGCCAUAGCACUCCAUGAAGACCAGUCCCUGCCAGUGGACCUCGGAACACUUCAGUUUACUGAUGAAUCUAUUGUACCAUCUAGUGAUUUUGAUAAUGAUAUCCAGGCCAUGGUCACUGUUCCUCUGGCAGGCCCUGAUUUGGAGGACUCCAUGAGUGUGGAACUCCCACUGGGCUACCCCAGCCCAGCAACAGUGGACCGAACAGGAGACAUCCUGUUCAACGAAUUUACAACUGGAAUCCCUGUGCAAAGUGGAGACAUAAGUGACCCUGAAGACUUCAAUAAUUUUGUUUCAUCUGAACCUGUGUUCCCUACCAAACCUUCCAGAGAACCAUUUCAGGAGAAAUCUGCUCCAGACGCUGAAGAUAUCUCUGCUGUCCACCAAAGUUUCACAGUGCCUUUCAGUGCUCUGAGUAGCACUAGUAGUCCUCCAAAACCAGGGAAUUCCUAUUUGCCUCCUCCAGCAGAUGAUUCUGCUAGCAGUGACUUUAUUACCGAUGGCUAUGAGUCUCCAGUGGAACAGGCUACCACACUGGCAGUUUAUACUACAAGUAGCUUUAUCGCUCCUAGUCUCCUGCAAGAGAAAACUGAAGCUGCAGAUAUAACAGGACCAUCUUUCAAGGAAGUUGACCAAGAUAGUCUGUCUGGACAAGCAGUUAAGAUCAUGGAUGAACCAGAAUCAUCAGGCGAUGACAUUUUAGCGCCAGCCAGCACUUACGAAACUUUGCCUUUCUUUAUUGGUUCAAGUGAUCUCUCUACCACUCAGCCUGAAGAUGUUACUACAGCUGUGCUACCAUCAGACCAAACAGCACUGCUGCCUUCAGCAACCAGGCCAUCCUACAGCCUCUCAGAGGUCAUCGAACAGUCCCUUGAGGUACCAGACUCCACGGCGCCUGGGACAGGAGUGCAGGAUAUUGCUGCUGAGGUAGAUCACAUCAGUGUGAUGAGCACAGCUGCACUGGAUGAAGUGGAGCAUGGCAGCGGUUACAUCCCAGCGCUGACAACUGAGACUGCAGAAGCCACCCUAGCUCCUACGCUGAAGUAUGUAACUACCAGCUCCAUGACAACCGCAGCCAAAGGCAAAGAGCUAGUGGUUUUCUUCAGCCUGAGGGUAACCAACAUGCACUUUUCUGAUGACCUCUUCAAUAGGAGCUCGACAGAAUACAAAGCGCUAGAACAACAGUUCAUGCAAUUGCUACUUCCAUACCUUCAGUCCAACCUCACAGGUUUUAAGCAAUUGGAAAUACUUAACUUCAGGAACGGAAGUGUCAUUGUGAAUAGCAAAAUGAAAUUUGCCAGGACAGUGCCAUACAAUAUCACAGAAGCAGUACACUGUGUUUUGGAAGAUUUCUGUGAUGCUGCAGCCCAGCGCCUCAAUUUGGAGAUUGACAGCUAUUCCCUGGAUAUUGAGCCAGCUGAUCAGGCAGACCCAUGCAAAUUCAUGGCAUGUGACAAGUUUUCCGAAUGCAUAAUGAACGAGUGGACAAAAGAGGCUGACUGCCUCUGUAAACCUGGUUACGCAAGCCAAGACGGAUUACCCUGCCGGAGCCUUUGUGAGCUUGAACCGCAUCUUUGCAUCAAUGGGGGGAAAUGUGAGUUAGUUCCAGGAAGAGGAGCUGUCUGCAGGUCACCAGAUGAGUUUACAAAGCCAGGACUGACAAGUUAG